CUUCAAUUAUACAAAGAGAUGAGAUCAAACCUGAGCUAAAGCUUCCACCUGGAUGACUUUUGUACUCCGACCUCCCCCUGGUGUAUCAUUUACGUAAGGCGCGAUUUCACCACCAGCACACCUGAAGAGCUUUCCGCAGUGCACGGAGUUUACAGAGUAGAUUAUCAAUAAAAGGAUUCAUUGUUCAAAUGCACUAAAGCAGAUGGAAUUAUGCCUUUGAGGUGCACCGUUCCCUAGGAAUCCAUUGAGGGAACAAGAAGAACGCAGGAGAGUGAAACUCAACCACGUCUACCGAGAUGCCACUAAGAACAGCACUGCACAGAAAACCAAGUCGUUGGUCCAGCAGGAACUCUAAGCGGAGAGAGGUGCUUUCCGUCAACAUGAUCAGUUUACCGCUUGAAGAUUUCCGCCACAUCACUCAUAUCGGAAGUGCUGGUCAUAAAGACAGCUUUGGAGAUUUAUCCUUUCUAAAGCUGGGCCACGGCCUGCUCCAAAAGAGCUCCCAAAGUGAACAGAACCUCAUCCUGGCCUGCUCACCGCCUCCGAAGCCCCCUCGUCUGAACCUGAAUGAAAAAGAGGAUUCGCAGAGCCCUGAAUGGUCUGUCGACCAGAAGAGGAAGAAGUGUGUCUCUUUGCCCCUGCUGGACAGUGAUGAGGAACACGAGCUGGAUAAGAAGGAAGGGUACCCAACAGGGAAUAGCAUUGCAUCCAGUCAGACUGAUAGGUUUGGACGAGGCAGCGUGAGUUCAGACAUAUGUGAUGAAUCUACGGAGAACUGUCCGAAAACUUCUGAACAGAAAGACGAGGACAGCGGUUUCUCAUUCAGCCUCGACCUGGGCCCGUCGAUCCUGGACGAUGUUCUCAAGGUGAUGGACAAUCAGAACAGUUGAACAAGUCGCUCUUUCUUGACGUUUGGAAUAUCGAGAUCAAAUACAACUCAAGCCCAUGUGAGGACGCACCCCUGAUCGUUUAAACAAUCCAGUAUCAUGAAACAAAGAUGAUAUUUUGUGAUCCCUUCACAAAUCAACACUUAGCUCUUUUAAAAACACGUAAAAAUGAGUUUCUGGAACGCCGUUUACAGACUCAUACUGUUUUUCUUUUACACUUCUCCUUCACUUUUGUAGUACCACAAAUCACACACUGAAUAGAGCUGUUAAGACUUAAGAGUACGGUGUUUAGAAAAGCCAAGGCUGGAAUCCAAGGUUUCUGAACCGUGAUGUCUUGACUCUUUGCGUGCUUGCCAAUCUAUUCUGUGUAGAAAGCAAUUUUAACUUUGCACGCAUCUCAGGGGCCCCACUGCAAGGUAAACCAAGGUACCCCCCGUCUCCUAUUCCCAACUGUACAAUGAAAAUAAACACUUAGCUCUGCUUUCAAUAAAAAGCCAGCCAGUGGUAGCAGGUUGGGCAGCACACCAAGCCAUGCCACAGAUCCAAGACCUUAGAAGACGCAGCAAAAAAAGUGGAUCAAGCUGUUUUCUUAGCUGCGAAUCAGCGUCCGACGCUCUGGUUAGUGGUGCAUAAGAAAGUGGGAACGGGGAACGUAAUACACAUGCAGGGGGUGUUAAUUACUGCCGCAGAGGUCCUGAUGAGGGUUUAAACACUACCUUCUGAACAAACACACGCCUGUCGUGAAAGACAUGCAUGCUGAAUCUCACAUACAGAACGCAAAGAGAAAGAAACACACAUGAGCAUUUCUGCUCGCAUCAUUAAACUGCUGAUAAUCCAAGUCUAUUUUUGAUGACAAGAUGUUCUUU